AUGAACCUCUCUACGGCCCAGAUGUCGCUGGCAUGGAUCCUCGCUGUACUUGCCGGUCCGGCGUUCUGCUCGGAGGAGGAGCAGAACCUGGUGAAGAAGCUGUUCACCGGCUACAACAAGGUGGUCCGUCCCGUGAACCACUUCAGUGACGCCGUGGUGGUCACCGUGGGACUGCAGCUGAUCCAGCUCAUCAGUGUGGAUGAAGUGAACCAGAUCGUGACGAGUAAUGUUCGUGUCAAACAGCAAUGGAUGGACGUGAACCUGAACUGGAAUCCGGAUGAAUACGGAGGCAUCCGGAAGAUCAGAGUCCCUUCAGCCGACAUAUGGAAACCAGACCUGGUGCUUUACAACAACGCCGACGGCGACUUUGCCAUCAUCCACCAAACCAAAGUGCUGUUGGAGCACACCGGGAUGAUCACGUGGAACCCUCCGGCCAUCUUUAAGAGCUACUGCGAGAUCAUCGUCCUCCACUUCCCAUUCGACCUGCAGAACUGCAGCAUGAAGCUGGGGACGUGGACGUACGAUGGACUGCUGGUCGUCAUCAAUCCAGACAACGAUCGGCCCGACCUCAGCAACUUCAUGGAGUCCGGCGAAUGGGUGCUGAAGGACUACAGGAGCUGGAAACACUGGGUUUACUACACCUGCUGCCCCGACACGCCGUACCUGGACAUCACCUACCACUUCCUGAUGCUGCGCCUGCCUCUCUACUUCAUCGUCAACGUCAUCAUCCCCUGCAUGCUCUUCUCCUUCCUCACCGGGCUGGUCUUCUACCUGCCCACCGACUCCGGUGAGAAGAUGACCCUCUCCAUCUCCGUCCUGUUGUCCCUGACCGUCUUCCUGCUGGUCAUCGUGGAGCUCAUCCCCUCCACCUCCAGCGCCGUGCCCCUCAUCGGGAAGUACAUGCUCUUCACCAUGGUGUUCGUCAUCGCCUCCAUCAUCAUCACCGUCAUCGUCAUCAACACGCACCACCGCUCGCCCAGCACGCACACCAUGCCCGGAUGGAUACGCAAGGUCUUCAUCGAAACCAUCCCCAACAUGAUGUUCUUCUCGACGAUGAAGCGUCCCGGGCAGGAGAUCCGGCAGAAGAGGAUGUUCCCGACCGACAUGGACAUCUCCGACAUCUCAGGUAACCCCACCCCCACCAGUGUCACCUACCAGUCUCCCAUUGCCAAAAACCCGGAUGUUCGCAGCGCCAUCGAAGGCGUGAAGUACAUCGCUGAGACCAUGAAGUCAGACGAGGAAUCUAACAAUGCGGCGGAGGAGUGGAAGUUCGUCGCCAUGGUUUUGGACCACAUCCUGCUCUGCGUGUUCAUGGCCGUGUGCAUCAUCGGGACGCUCGCCGUCUUCGCCGGGAGGCUCAUCGAGCUCAACACGCUGUAGGGGACCCAAAGGGAGGC